AUGAGGACUUACUUUAAUGAAAAUAAACUAAAUUUCACACAUAAUAAUUUUCCAAAAUUGAUGAAAGAAACAGGUUGAAUUGAUAGAAAAUUAAUGAAAUAUUCAGUUAAUAUAAAGAAUUGCUAAGUUAGGAUUGCUCUCAAAUUUCUAAAUUAACAAAAGAGAGUAAAUAUAUCAAUUACUUUAGUUAUACCAAACGGUAUAUCUAGAGAGGCUUUAUUGAUAAAGGAAAUUAUUGAUAUGUAGAUCAAAUUUAAAAAAUGUUUGCUUUUUAAUAUUCUUUUAUAUUUUGAAACUUGA